AUGGGCAAAUUAACGAGUACGAUUGGUAUACCCAUCAAGCUCCUCAACGAGGCGCAAGGACAUGUUGUUACGCUAGAGAUCACUUCGGGACAGGUCUACAGAGGAAAGCUACUUGAAGCCGAAGAUAAUAUGAACGUUCAACUCAAAGACAUUACUGUUACAGCUCGUGACGGCCGUGUUUCGCAUCUCGACCAGGUCUAUAUUCGGGGAAGCCAUGUGAGAUUCUUCAUUGUACCAGAUAUGCUAAGAAACGCACCCAUGUUCCGGUCGAGAGGUCAACGUGGGAGAGGUGUCGGUUUGGCCCGAGGCAGAGCCACUGUCAACCGGGCUCGGGGACAACGGAGAGGUUAA